GCUUUAUUUGCUCCGAAAAGCCGAUCAGGCUUCCUCCCAUAACGACAUUCAUAAUAACAUAAAAAGAAGGACCUUCGCACCACUAACAGAAAAUGGAUUUCUCAUCAUCACAUUACUACAUCAAGCUCCCUUUUACUCUUCUUUCACCGUCAUAUCGCCCCUGGCAGUUACAACAAUGAGGAAUCAGCUGAGAUAUCCAGCUGGCCAGCACAACAAAGUGCAUCGAUUAGCCGACAAACGCGCUUCAUAUGAUCUCGAAACAGUUCACAGCAUCAUGAAUCGGUCAUUCGUCUUCCACGUCUCGUUCCAGCCUGACGCUGAAGAUCCCUUUCCAACCACCAUCCCCAUGCUCGGCGCCAUGGGAAACUUUGACCAUCCCAGCGCCGGCUUGAACGAGCCCCAGGACUGCUAUAUCCACGGGUACAUCUCGGCCCGGAUGGCUAAUUUGUCGAGGGAGGCAAUAGACAAUGGACUUGCAGGUUUGCCCGUGUGCGUAUCCGUCGCAAAAGUGGACGGUCUCAUCUUGACCCUGAGCGCCUUCACCCACUCGUGCAACUACCGCUCAGCAGUCUUGUUUGGGCACGCAGCUCUGGUCACAGAUGAGUCAGAAAAGCUGUGGGCGCUGGAGCUGAUCACCAAUAAGAUCAUCCCCGGUAGAUGGGACCAGGUCCGCCAGCCCCCGAACAAAUUCGAGCUUUUGCAGACGCAGGUCCUGCGCGUUCGAGUGACCAGCGGCAGUGCAAAGGUCCGCGCAGGGCCGCCGGCAGAUGACAAGGAGGAUGUCCAGGAUCCAGCUGUCGUGGCGAAUGUGUGGUCGGGAUAUGUUCCGCUGGUAGAGCGUAUGGGGCAGCCCGUUCCCAGCGCGUACAAUCAGCUCCAAGAGGUACCAGAGCAUGUCAGAGAUCUUCAAGAGGGGUAUAAUGAGGAGGCAGAUGCCUACAACAACAAGCUGGUUAAUCAGGUGCGUGAGGAUGUAAUUUCGUGGGGGACCAUAUAAUAGUGCUCUAGUAAUAGAAUUCCUUGAUUGAAUUACAGUGCGGACCUGGCUUGGAGUACGAAAGAGGAUUCGCCGCAAUUCUUUUAGGUAUACUAUCAAUCCUUCCACGUCUCCUAUGGCUAGCUGAAAUGUUAGCAGAAAAGCUUGAAAUUCGAGCCAAAUCCAUUUCAAGGAGACUCCUACUUGGGGGGGCUUUCCAAUUUGCCGGCACUCGCUAAAACUCCUGUCUGAUCUGGAAGCCUGAUAUUCUGGCUAUGUGCUUUGCGCAGCCUACUG